AUGAACGACAAAGAUCCGCCGCCAUUUGGCUACACCUUCUCAAACGACUUCUUCGAUAACGGCGCCUCGCAAUGCGACAACAAUGGCCAGUCCAUUCUCAGCGACAUGGAGAACCAGCAGCUCGACAACUUCUUCUCUCUGACCAACCCCUUCGACUCGCUCGACUCGCAUCAGCUGCCACCCGCCCUCGACGCCAAAGCGAGCGCCCACGACUACAACAACUGGGAGGACUUCAUAGCCCCGCCGACAGUACAUCGAGUCACCAGCACCAUACCAGACCAAGCCCGUCCCCAGAACAGCUUCCACCAGGACCAACAAUACCGACACGCAAACUUUCUGGGCAAUACCGAAGAUGAGCUCCAGGCAGCCACGGCUCUCUUCAAUCAGGCACAGCCAUCCUAUGCCAACGGCCGCUCACACAGCUUCCAUGGCUUGCCGAGCACGUCCAACACCUUCCCCACAAAUCCUGUCCACGAUCUGAAUGCCGGCACUCUGCCAUUGGGUCCGCAGCAUGGGCUCUUACACGAACGCUUGGGCGCUCUGGUUCCCAACCACAGCACGCCAGCCAUGGACGCCCACUUUGCGCCGCAGUGGUCAUCGAGCAAAGCAAUGCAACAGCACCAAGCCGAAUUCGGUCCGCCGCUGCAGAAGCUGGACUUGAAGAGGUCAUACGCCUUUGGCACAGACAACUCCUUCGGCAGCCCAUCCGGCUAUUCGGGGCCGAACGGUCAUCGAAGCGAAGAGAUUGCGGCAAGGGCGUCGAUACAAGAUCUCGAGGAGACUUCACACCACAUACUACGAGCCGUCGCAGGCAUCCAAGGGCCAACCACGACUCCUACUGCAUACAAACCGGGACAGCGCGGUGGCGGCGACGACGACGAACGAUCCGACGAAGCAACAUCUGAAGAUGAAUCCUCUGACCGCCCAGCGAAGAAGCGGAAAAAGAGCCAAGCACGGAAUAGCAACGUGACACCCAAGAAAGCCGUGCGGAAUGGUAAGGCGCGGAAAACGGCGACCAUGGCCGACGACACCAGCAACAAUAAUAACACGAACAAGAAGAAGCGGGCAUCUGCCACUACGACGCAAAAGACUCAUCGCGAGAACUUGACUGAAGAACAGAAACGCAAUAAUCACAUCUUGUCGGAGCAGAAGCGGAGAGAUCUGAUUAAGCAGGGGUACAAGGACUUGAAUGAGGUUGUGCCUGCCGUGAGGGGUGGGGGGUUGAGUAAGAGCCAGAUUCUUGUCGAGGCUGCCAACUUUUUGGAAGGCUUGAUUGAGGGGAAUGAGAAAUAUCGGAGCGUGGUCGGCUAA